AUGGGCAAGCACGCCGGUGGCGGCGGCGCCUCGUCUGGCUACGCUGCUCUGGGGCUCAUCAAUCCGCUGUGGGGAGGGAUGAAGAAGAACAUCUUCAUAAAACGGCACCGCGGUGAGGACACCGUCGUGGACCCACAGCGGUCCUUGUUCGUGUGCGGCAUGCCUCUGGGCAUGGCGGCAGAGGACUUGGGGGAGCUCCUAGGGGCUUUCGGCGACGUCGAGAACACCGCGAUGCACGCAUCUGGCACAUCGGCCAUGGUGUUGUUCGCGGCAGCGGAGUCCGUGCGGAACGCGCUGGCGCUGGCACGGCGCGGCGGCGCGUUGCAGUACGAGGAGAGCAGCUACGCCGGUCCACGGGGUCUCAAGCGGUGGGUCGAAGCUCACAAGGCCAGAUUCCCCGGGAACGCUGAACUCCAGGCUUCUCUGGACGCGUGGGUGGAAGAGUUCGAGCAGCGCGAGGAGGAGGAGAGGCUGGAGCGGGAGGCCGCGAUGGCGGGGGACGGGUGGACGCUGGUGACAUCCAAGCGCGGACGCAAGAAGACGGCCGACGGCGGCGGCACGACCGUCGGCGCCGUCACCGCGGGCCGCGCCGCCAAGCGCAAGCGCGACAGCAGCCAGGACGCCCUGGACGGCUUCUACCGCUUCCAGCGCCGCGAGAAACGGCGCGACGAGCUCAUGGACUUGCGGCGGAGGUUCGACGCGGACCGCAAACGCAUCGCGGACCUGCGCGCGCAGCGGAAGUUCAAACCGGGAUGA